GAUGUAAUUUGACACUUCAACUUACUGAGCUCUCUCUGAGUCUAUUCAGUUACUCAGUCCCAUUCUCAGCGGCCGUAUGUGUGUAUGAGAGCGCGUAAAGGAACGGAAGAUUUCUGAAACGACACGAGAAUUAUUACCAAGGACUUUCUGCGCCCGAUCGCACCCCGGAAGGGAAAACGUGAAGUGCUGGAGCGUUCCACCUCCUGCAGAGUGGAUGGGUGGGGGGGUCCUUUGUGGUGACAAAUCAAGGAUUAGAAACAAGAAAGAGCUCUCCGGUUUAAUGGCUGGCAGAUAGAGGCCAGACGGGGACAAUCAACAUGAACUCGAUUCCGUCGAUGGACAGACACAUUCAGCAGACCAAUGAUCGUCUGCAGUGUAUCAAGCAGCACUUACAAAAUCCAGCAAAUUUCCAAACGGCAGCAACCGAGCUGCUGGACUGGUGUGGAGACCCCCGAGCGUUCCAGCGCCCCUUUGAGCAAAGCCUGAUGGGAUGCCUAACGGUGGUCAGCCGCGUAGCAGCACAGCAAGGCUUCGACUUGGACCUGGGCUAUCGACUCCUGGCCGUGUGCGCCGCCAACAGGGACAAGUUCACUCCAAAAUCAGCAGCCCUGUUGUCCUCUUGGUGUGAGGAACUGGGACGCCUCCUCCUCCUCCGUCAUCAGAAGAACAGGCAAAACGAGCCUCCGGGAAAAGUCCCCAUGCAGCCCCCAAUGGGCUCCAUAAAACCAGGCCUCUCACACGGAGAUGGCUCUUUUCCAUACGAUUCAGUUCCCUGGCAGCAAAACACCAAUCAGCCAGGUUCGGUGUCCGUGGUAACCACUGUCUGGGGCGUGACCAACACGUCACAGAGCCAGGUGUUAGGGAAUCCCAUGGCCAACAAUAACAAUCCCAUGAACCCUGGGGGUAAUCCUUUGACCUCGGGGAUGUCUGGUAGCAAUCCAGGCAUGAACUCUCCUCAGUUUCCUGGUCCACAGCAGCAGUUUCCAAACAAAGGCAACUCAAAUCAAGGCUACAUGCAGCAGGGUAUGUACGGACGACCCAACUACCCGGGAGGUGGAGGUUACGGUGGCAAUUACCCUGGAGGGCCAAAUGCUGGACCUGGUGGGAUUGGGAUCCCUCCUAACUCCCGUCCUCCGUCAGAUUUCACCCAGCCAGCUGCUGCUGCUGCAGCCGCUGCAGUCGCCGCAGCUGCAGCCACUGCAACUGCCACUGCCACAGCAACUGUAGCAGCCUUGCAGGAGACCCAGAACAAGGACAUGAACCAGUAUGGACCGAUGAGUUCAUCUUUCCAGAUGGGACCCAAUCAGGCAUACAACAGCCAGUUCAUUAAUCAGCCAGGACCCAGAGGCCCUCCAUCUUUGCCUGGAAACAUGGGUGCAGGCAUGAAUGCAUCCAACAUGAGUGGGUCUCCAAUGGGAAUGAACCAACCCAGAGGUCAAGGCAUGGGGCCUUUUGGGGCCCAUGGCCAAAGGAUGCCCCAGCAUGGCUACGCUGGAGCCAGGCCUCAGGGCAUGGGUAUGCAGGGCAUGAAAAGGCCAUACCUAGGAGAGCCAAACUAUGGUGGGCAGCAGUAUGGACCAAACAGCCAGUUCCCCAAUCCGCAGGGGCAAUACCCCACACCUAAUGCCUCUAGACCACUGCCAUCCCCCAGCUACCCCAGCCAGAGGAUGCCAGGACAGCAGCUGCAAGGCCAAUAUCCCCCACAUGGCGGCCCCAUGGGCCAGUACUUUAAGCAAGAGCCGCCAUUCAAUGGCCAAACAAAUAACUUCUCUGGAAGUGGCUACCAGUAUAACCAGGGUAACAUGAAUGGACCUCCCAGACCAGUGGGCAACUACCCCCACUCCCCAGUGCCGGGCAACCCCACCCCUCCAAUGACUCCAGGUAGUAACAUCCCUCCAUACCUGUCGCCAAACCAGGAUGUGAAGCCACCCUUCCCUCCAGACAUCAAACCAAAUAUCACUGCUCUCCCUCCUCCUCCUGCCAACCACAAUGAGGAACUACGGUUGACGUUUCCUGUGCGGGAUGGUGUCGUCUUAGAGCCCUUCAGGCUGGAACAUAACCUGGCUGUGAGCAACCAUGUCUUCCACUUACGGCCCUCCGUACACCAAACACUCAUGUGGAGGUCGGACCUGGAGCUACAGUUUAAAUGUUACCACCACGAAGACCGUCAGAUGAACACUAACUGGCCAGCAUCUGUCCAAGUCAGUGUCAACGCCACACCGCUCACUAUAGAGCGAGGUGACAACAAGACGUCGCACAAACCUUUGCACUUGAAACACGUGUGCCAGCCAGGAAGGAACACGAUCCAGAUCACUGUGACCGCCUGCUGCUGUUCGCACCUGUUCGUGCUGCAGCUGGUUCACAGGCCGUCAGUCCGCUCCGUCCUGCAGGGCCUCCUAAAGAAGAGGCUGCUGCCCGCAGAGCACUGCAUCACCAAAGUCAAGAGGAACUUCAGCAGCGUGGCCGCAUCAACAGGGAACGCCACCCUCAACGGGGAGGAUGGAGUCGAGCAAACAGCCAUCAAGGUUUCCCUCAAAUGUCCGAUCACUUUCCGACGAAUACAACUUCCAGCACGGGGGCAUGACUGCAAACAUGUACAGUGUUUUGAUUUGGAAUCCUAUCUACAACUGAACUGUGAGCGGGGGACGUGGCGGUGUCCUGUAUGCAAUAAAACAGCGUUGUUGGAAGGACUGGAAGUAGACCAGUACAUGUGGGGAAUCUUGAACGCCAUUCAGAACUCUGAGUUUGAGGAAGUCACAAUCGACCCAACAUGUAGUUGGCGGCCAGUGGCGAUCAAAUCUGAUAUCCACAUUAAAGAGGAUCCAGACGGGCCGCUGGCAAAGAGGUUUAAGACGAUGAGUCCCAGUCAAAUGAUCAUGCCCAACGUGAUGGAUAUGAUCGCUCAACUUGGCCCCGGACCCUCGCCGUACCUGUCAAUGCCUUCUGGCCAAGGUGGCAACAACAGCGAAUACGGCAGCCAAGGUAACAAUUACCAAGGACCUGGGAGCUUUGAGUUCCCCCACAGCGCCCCAGGCGGUACGUCAAUGAACGACUUCAUGCACGGUCCUCAGCUGUCUCACCCACCCGACAUACCGAAUAGCCUGAUGACACAAGACAAACCUCUAUCCCACAACAUGCCUGAAUCAAUACCUCAUUCUGCUGGGCCUGACCAGACGCACGGCCCAUUGCAGCAGAGCUUACAUCCGUCUCCGCACCCCGGGAGCCAAUCAGGGCAGCAGCUACACCACAGCGGGCCUCCUCAGGCCUCACGGCAAGCACCGCCGCCUCAGCAGCAGCAAGCACAGCAGCAACAGCCCACCUCCAACAACCAUCCCCAUUCUGACCUGGCCUUCAAUCCAUCCAGCAGUCUGGACAGCCAAGUGGGGUCAGACAUGCCUGAGCCUUCAUUAGAACUUCUUCCUGACCUCGCUAACCCAGACGAACUGUUGUCAUACCUGGAUCCCCCAGAUCUCCCCAGCAGCAGCAACGAUGACCUUCUGUCACUCUUUGAAAACAACUGAGAGGCUUUCGGGCGCCCACACACUUAAACUUUUACUGAUCGCCUGAGGCUUCCCUGAGAAACUGCCACAGUUACUCAGAACUCGAUCAACACAAAGAUGCACUCCCUUUCUCUUCUUCCUCUUGUACAAUUUUCAUUCGCCAGCACAGAUUGACUGCAAAGAAUCUCAAAAGAAACUUAAAGGACACGGCAGGAUUUGGCGACACGCCCUACCAACUUCCUGCGAUGAUAACCUUGACUGUGCAGCUACGUAUAGUUCAUUUUAUUUUUACACCACACGCGUGUACGUGUGCUCACCAAUAACAUGUUGUAGCAUUUCUAAAAUACUUUUUUUUUGUUUUCUUUUAAAGCUAAAAAAUGAACUCACUGUAUAAAGCGGGGAAAAAAAUGAAAAGAAAAAAAAAAGCUCUCUGACCAGUGUGUGUUUUGUUUUGUAGUCUGAGAGGCCACAACUUCCUGGUGUCAGUGCUCCAUUCCCUGGCUGGUCUGGUUCGUCCCACUGUUUUGUCCAUCACUGAAAAGCACAAGAAAUUUCAGCACUGCAAAAACAAACAACAAAAAAACCCUCUUUACAAUAAGGAACAAGAUCAGUUUUCUAGGAAUUUGCUGCCAGCGUUUUAAAAAGUUUUUGGAACAGAUUGGCUUCCAUUUUGUCUACAGUAGUAAUGUGUUCUUAUUUCAGAAGCAGGGAGUAUUUGUAGUCUAUAAUAACAGAAGGUAUGCAUUAAUACCUGGUCUUCUAAACAUCGAGUCCUCCUUUACAAAUGAGGGAUUUUAUACACAAUAGACGAAAAAAGAGAUUGUAGUUCCUGCCAUGUUAUUUGCUUCCAUCUGCUCUGCAUGAGCCUUAAUUUUCUGCAUUUUUUUUGCAGUUUUCCAUCUCUCCUACUAAAGAAGUUGUGCUGUUGAGGUUGUCUGUAAAGUGCAUGUGUGCCAAGCCCUUUGUCAAAUAGUGGUUCUCUCUUUGACAGAUUACUUUGAUUUUAUUUAAGACAAACAUGGUUUUUCUUUGAUUUAUUUUAUCAUCCUUCUCCAUUUGCUGCAUAAUUAAGCUGUCUAUCGUUCUUUUGAGAAACUGCUCACCAAAGCUAGAGGGAGAAAAUGGAAAUGUUUGUGUUUGCUCGGUCCUGUGUAAGACUGUGGGUGCAUGGGUGUGUCUCAUUCAGUUAGAAUACCGUCGGAAAGUUCAUUUAUUCCAGCAAUUUAAGUUAAAAGGUGAGACUUAUAUUUUCUAUUCUUUUUUACUGUUAGUAUUUCUUUUCUUUUAGAUAACAAAGAUCCCAAAUUACUUUCUAUCAGAAAAGCGUAAAAUUGCAUAAAAAAAACAAAAAAGAAACUAGACUUCUCAGAGAGUAAAAUGAAUAUAUUAAUGGAAACUUGAGCAACUGCAGACUUAAAAAAAAUUUAAUUGUGAUUUUUUUAUAAAUGGAGAAUAACUCCAUAUAGACUGAGGCUAGAGUCAAUGCUUUAAGAGCCACUGUACUCAUUGUUAAAGUUCCCAUCACAAUAAGAGGUCUAACUCUUAAAAUAUUCUUCCAGCUUCGGUGUCUUAGAAGGAUCAGCUUUUGAAUCUACCAUACUAUUUCUAUUAUAGUGUCACUUUAAGCUUUAUAUUAAACAUUACUCUAAGCUGGUAAAGAUUCUCAGUCAUCCAGGUCAUAGUCUUUGCAAAAAAGUAAAAGAAAAGCUAAAAAACAAACCAUUGGACUUUGUUUUCCAAGUUUAAUGAUGUUUUAGAAAUAGAAGAAAGAAUAGAAAUUGAACAUAAUGGAUCUCAGAAUGGAGAAAUUAACUCUCUGCAUUUAACCCAUCCCCUUGGGGAGCAGUGGGCUGCCUCUGUGCAGCGCCCAGGGAGCAGUGUGAGGUUGAGGGUCUUACUCAGAGAGCCAGAGUGCCGGCUGUGGGGAUUGAACCGGAUACUUGCAGCCUUCUCAGAGCAUAAGAAAACUUUCUCAAAUCUAAAUAUCUGGAGUAGCGUUUGAGUUCCAGAUUUAUAAAGUGGCCCAAAUAAAAGGCUUGUUGUGGCUUAGAAAACAUGCAAAUAGAGCCGAAAAAGCAGCUCCACCCCUUAGUAAUGGAGAGUCAUUGUUGUUGGCCUGCAAAACCCGAUACUAGUCCAUGCAUUUGAAUCCCUUUUCAGAGGCAUGGGCCUGUAUUGGGUUUUACAAGCUAACAAAGACCUCAAUGACUCGCCAUUACUAGGGGGUGGACCUAUUUUUUCAAUUUGCAUGUUUUCUAAGCCAUUACAAGGCUACUCUUUGGGCCACUUUGUAAACCUGGAACUCAAACGCUACUCCAGAUAAUUUGAAUUAAGAAAGCUUCCGGGAUGGGAAGUGAAACAUCUUCAAACUUGGAAAAUAAAGUCCAGUGGAUUUUUUUUUUUUUUUACUUUUUUGGAAUAUCUUUAAGCAAAUUGUAUUCCUUUUUUUAAAUACUUGCAGUUAUACAGUUAAUUUUGUCGCAAAUAAUUGUUUAUUCAACAGUUUAGAAAGUUUUGUGGAAAGAAAAAAAAGCAUCAUUCAAUAGAUAAGUCUUACUUUUUAGGUUGAAUUACUGAAAUACAAGAAUUUUUUUAGAUGCUAUCCUAAAGUGAGGAGCUACGUCUGUAUAUUCUGUGAGACUCUGAUUGUAUGCGUGCGUGUUUGUACACAGGAGGUGAUGGCGAGACAAGCAAUGGUUUCUUCCAUCGCUGCUGUGAUUUUUAAAGCAGUAUUGGUAUAAACCAUUUUGUUUUUCUGAUUUCAUGUUCGAGAAAAGUUGCUGUUCAGUAUGCAUAUGUAUUAUUUUUUAAGAAAUGCUAUUGUACUGUAAAUAUCAUUGUGAAUAUUUUUGUAUCAUCUCGAUAAUGUUUAUCGUUGUCUGACCUAACCGCACGCGCUCGUCGUCAGAGCAACGUCUUCUUGCCUAGUUUCAAACAUCUCAUAAGCUACUCCCUGAUGCACGUUGUCCUUUUUUUUUCUUUGUGCUCGAAUUUCCUGCGUUGGCUUAAAGUUAUUCUGUUCACAUCUCUUUUCCCAAGUUGUCUGAAAUCAAACUCACACUGAAGCAAUACUUUCUUUUUACAAAUUAAUCCAAAUCGAUCUCUACUUCCUUAUCAUAAUUUAAGUUAACAUUUGUUCAGAGAUACCUUUUUUUUAUAUGAUAUUUGGUAUCAGCUGGCAUUCAGUGUGACAAUAAUCUAUGUGAAUAUCAUGUUGCUAAAUGUCCAUACACCGUGGUAUUUUAAAGAUGUAUCACAAGCAUAUUUUAAAGAAAAAUUCCUGAUAUUGUUUAUAUUUUUGUUAUAGAAAAUGUGGCUUUUUUACGAAAAAGCAUGAGACCAUAUGCAUUUGUAUCCCCCUCUUAUUUGCUGUUUUUAUUGUUUAUUUUUCUCUUUGUUUUUGAGUAAAUUAUUUUUAAUUGUUUUAUUAUGAAUCUGUAAGGCUAGAAAUCCAAUUUCUUUCAGCUUGAUAAACAAGAACUAAACAUUAUUUUCAAAUGUGUACCUGUUCAAGCAACCAACAAGCAAACAAAUAAUUGUUAAAUGCCUCAUCUGUUAAAAAUUUGUCAUCAUCUCUUAGUUUCUUCCCAAUUUCAUAUUCAACAUUGAAGGCAGCACCCCAUCUGUUUAGUUGCACAAUCACACCAAAAGGGCCAUUUCUUUUGGGGGAUGUUGUUAAGAAAAAAAAAACAAAACAAAAAAAGCAAAUAAAUAGAAAAUAAAAAAAAAAUAAAGAGAAGGAAGAAAGGGGCACAUUCGUCAAUCUGGCCUGAAAAGGCGCAGAGGGAAAGGCUUGUAAAAUGUCCCAAGGAUGUCUGUAUAUAUGUAAAUUAAUAUAGAGAGACAAGUGGACAGAAAUGUAUUCAUUUUCCUUUGGGGAUGUGCAUUUGUUUCUUCUGAAUAAUAAUAAUAAUGAUAAUAAAAAAGCUUGCAACACCUCUACUGGAAGUGGCUGACUAUGAAAUAUCAAACAUAUUAUUUUGUGUUUGGCAGUAAUCUCAACAUUUUACCCCCAACCCCUGUUUCUUUGUAAGAUACUUUCCCCUUUUCUGUUUGGGACAACCGAGACAGCCAUUUUUUAAAUGUACUACUUAGUGUUCUAGUCUCACUGGCAUACCCUAAGGUGCUCAAAAUUAGAAAUAUACAAAAUAAGGUUACAAACACAAAUGACAAAAGCCAGCCGGCUGUUUAGGCAGAUUAUGGUGGAAGAGAGGGGUCCUAAGUUGUAACAAAAAUCCAUGAUUUGUUUUAAAAUUUUGAUAUGAAUUGGAAAAUGAUACUAAGAUAGGGUGAUUCAUGCAACAUGGUCAUCGUCUCUAUGUUUGUACAUUGUAUGUACAAUCAUUUCAUACUCCAAACUGGUCAUAAAAUAAAAGAAACUAAUUGUGAUUUUUAGUCUUGCAGAACUGUAUGUAGUUAGAUGAUGUGACAGCCUAAUAUUUAUCUAAUAAAUAUGUAUUCAGAAGA